CACCGGAAGUGCGUGGGCUGCCGCACUGGCUCUUCUUGGGGUUUUCUGGAAGCAAGGAAGUGAUGGUGGUAGUUGGAAUCUAAGCAUUCUUGAGACGGCGUCCGGGUGCCCUGUGAGAGGAAAGGGGAGGUAAGCGGGGUAGAAGUUCCUCCGUGGGCCGGGCCAGACUCGGUGUUUUCGGGUUAGCCUAGUAGAGUAAGUCUCGCGCUCCCCUACCGAAACAGCUGCCGCCUCUCAGCUGAAUCCCGUUACUCCCAUGUAAGGCUACGUCGCUCUUUUUGGGACCUCGGAGUGCCAGGCUUCUUGGCCUGCAAAGUGGGCAAGUGGCAGCACCAUGUUUUCGGACCCAGCGUGAACUAAUUCAUGAUCACUGAACUUGAGCUUGCUGUGAAGCCACGUCGUAAGACUCGGGAAAAGUGCUCCCUUUCCCCGAAUAAGAGAAUAAAGUUCCUUAAGGAGGAAUUGCUUCUAGGAGGGCCAGUGUGAAAAAGGCAACCUUCCUGGACUGUUUUGGUUGAGGGGUUCCUUUGUCACUACAAACACUCCACCUUGUUUCAGAAGAAGCCCAAGCAGUAAAACAGGUCGUAGGAUGCCACUGGAAUCAUCUUCCUCCUUGAUGCAGCUAUCCUUCCCUUCUUUAUCUUCAGUACCAGGCAAUACUACCAACUCUUCUCCUCCCCCAAUGUCUUAUAUCACUUCCCAGGAGAUGAAGUGUAUUCUUCACUGGUUUGCCAGUUGGUCAGUUCCCCAGCGGGAACGUUUCCUACAGGAUCUGGUAGCUAAGGCAGUGCCAGGAAAAUUACAGCCACUGUUGGAAGGUCUGGAGCAGCUCAGUGUGUCCGGAGCAAACAGACCACCUUGUAUCUUUGAGUGCCAGCUACAUCUUUGGGAUCAGUGGUUUCGAGGUUGGGCUGAGCAGGAACGCAAUGAAUUUGUCAGGCAGCUGGAGGUCAGUGAACCAGACUUUGUGGCAAAGUUUUACCAAGCAGUGGCUGCUACAGCUGGUAAAGACUGAUUGGCAUUAAAAUCAAAGAAGAUAGUGGUAGUUAAUGGAGCCAAGGCCACAAUUUUACAGUAAGAACUUCAAACAUGUCACUUGAAAGGCUGGGGUUGGUAUCCUGAUCAAUUGACUGAACUCACAAGCACAGGUCUGGUUAUUUCCGUGUUAACAGCAUAUCAGCUGGACUCCUACUGUAAAUAAUUUCCAUCUAAGUAAAUCCAGAUCAGCAGUCUGCUGUCUAGUUUGCUUCUUUCUGGGAGAUGUCAAAACCUCAAGAACUUAAUGGCUUGUCUUGCACAGGAACCUACAUGUUAUAUCUCAAGCCUACUGGUGGCCCAUGGGGGUAUUAAGUAUAUCCCUCCUGCUCCAGAAACAAGAGAAGGGCAAUAAAAUGUCAUGUUUUUGUAAUUCAGCUGGAUUCAGAUGGCUGGUGUUUCCACCCUUACUAGAUUCUGGCAAAAUUACGUGACAUGCCAACCACUAGCUUUCCUAGGGAUGAUGGAGUAAAAUUAUGGAAAAAUCCGGAGGGGGAAGUAAUGAGCUGCUUUCUUCUCUACACUGGUUUGUUUGAAUCCCAGUAACUGACUUUUUCUAAAGCAAUAUGAUAUCCUUGGAGCUGGUAGCAGAUGUUUCUAUUCUUUAUUUGCUCUACAGUGUGAAAGCAAGUUGACAUUCUUUACAGGUUAAAGGAUUUAUUUUUUGUAUCAAAAUAAUGAAUUUUCAGAAUCGUAAGUUUCUACCUUUCUUUCAUUGCAAAACUAGCAUAAAGUUGAUAACCAGAGAGGGCAUUCUGAGGAAAGAACUUAAGUGUAGACAGUAGAUUAACUUUCUAUCCAGUUGUCUUCCAAGAAAUAAUCUCUGCCCUACUCCCAUCAUACUCUGGGUGACAUCACACCUCCCUUAUUCCUCCGACUGGGCCCUUGUCCCUUGGAGCUCUGGUGAAGGGUAAGGGGCAGAUGGUCCCACCCGAAGAGCAGCUUGUUUCUGGUAGACCACUAUUCCCAGUGCACCCAGCAAGAUAAGUAGCAUUAGGCAGAGCCCCAUGGACACACCUGUGUGGGUCAUGGAGGGAUUAUGGUCCAAGGUAACUGGCAACCUAGGAACAUAAAAGUGAUAUUUAGCCUGGAAUAAUGCCUAGACUCAGGAGGUGAGGGGCUUUACCUUGUAGUAUAAUACAUAGAGCUCACAAAACCCUGUUUCAUCCAAACAGUAAGCAAUAAGGAAAUCAAUAAGAAGGUAUGUAGAAUCCAAAAGUAAAAAUACCUAGAUUCAAGUCUCCCAGUGACUUAAGUUGUUGGAAAGAGAGGCAGUGAGAGAGGUGGCUUAAGGGAAGAGUUAGACUAUGGUGUUAGGUAACUAGAUGUGACUGGGUAGUGCUUAAGGAAGGGACUAGGAUCCCUAUGGCCUAGAGGUAGGAGAACGUUAUUAUGGGAAGAGGUGUCCCAUAGCAACAGGCCCAAGGUGAUCAUGUUAGUUUUCUGAAAUUGGUGACCCUAUCUAGCAUAGUAUACAUGUGAGAGAGCUUAAUAAAUGCAAUUUCAAACAUCAUCUCCAGGAUUUGAAAUAAAAGUACUUGGAAAAUUAUCUUACUUGAUAUAUUCUGUGGUAAAGCUGGCUCCUCCAUAAUAUACUUCUAGGGGCUUCUUCUGGAGAGUCAGGGUCAGGGCCCUUUUCAGCAUACUAACCGAAGGCCCUUGGCAGCCAGGGGACUUCCACAUAUGCACAGUGAACACCAGACUAGUGGUAAUCGAGGCACCUUGGAAAUAGCACCUAGAUGGAUAUUUGGAUCUCUUAAUGGAGGUAUAGUCCCUGGAAGAGAGUAUCUCAUGAGACAGGUGCAGGCUCAGUGGAAUGAUGGAAAGUCAGAGUUAAGAAGUAAAGGACUUGAGCAUUCUCCCUGGCCCAUCAUAAACACCCUGAGGCUGAACUGUCCCUUUACCUGCCAGUGCCUCCUCUGUUCACCAGAGCCUGCAGUACCGCUUCUGCCAGCUCGUCUCGCUCUUCCUUCCCCAGGUAGUGGCUUGGAGGCCCAGCUAAUCCUAAAGACAGCUCGAAUAAUAGGUGUUGUGUUGAAAGACUCACAGGUGGGGAAGUGACAGCAUUGGUACUUUCAUUAGUCUGACACAGCCGACCCCGAGGACAGAGGAGGAGACCACGGUACCCAGGUAUCUGCAAGGUAUUUGGUAGCAGGGCAUAGUGAGGUCUCAUUACUUGCUCAAGCUUUCUUAAGGAAAAUGUUAAUGGACAUACAACCAGAUUGGGCAGUACUGCCGUUUGAGUGUCUGCAUGGCUUUGUGCCCUUGCUGCAACUAGUGCACUCAGACCCACCUGAAUAGCCUUUCCUGGAGGGCAGGGAGCCCAGGGGGACCCCUCCACCUGCACCUUGUAUGUUCCCCUGUCUGUACACUGAUGCAAGUAGCAGCGGCCAGUGAGCUCUGAUUCCUUCAGGUGUGGGAUCUGAGAGGGAUGCCUGGUCUUGUCCCCAGGAAGCAGUUGUGAAGUGAGGUUGGCAAGGAAGCAACGACUCUGGGAAUGGUAGAUCUCCCCAUGGGGGUUCUCUGCCCCAGGUGGGAAUCCGUUUUCCUUCUUCCAGCAUUCACUCUGCAGGGCAGGGCAGGGCAGAGGGUAGACGAGUGAGCCUGGAUACCUUAGAACUCAACUCCCUCAGGCCCAUCAGUUCACUCUUCCGUCUGCUCACCCUGUUAGCCAAGGGCUUAUACAUGCGGCAUCCUUCCAGCAUGGGGUCUGAGGAGCAGCUUCCCUUGUCCAAGUGCAGAUAGUGGCAGCCCAGGCCUCUGUGAAAGGGAAGGGAAGGGACACUAGGAUCACUGACGGCCAAACAGCCCCUCAAGCUGCUCAGCACACACACCUGCCUGUACAGAAGAAGUCUGAGGAGCCAGUCCCACAUGUGGAAACCAGGCCAAAUUCCAGGCCAGAUCCUGCUUGAGAGAUGAGAAGGAGCCCUCAGGACAAAUGAAGCCCCAAACAUCCCUCAGUUUACAACUUCAAUUCCGCCUUAGCAGCAGAUAAUCCCCUUCAACCUCCCUCAUGUCACCCAGGCUGACUCAGGUCUUGACUGCCCCCUGGGACUCUCCCUUAGUUCUCACCCUGGCCCCACAACAGCUCCUCGGCCGCUCUGUGGUUGACUUGGUACCAUCCUGAAUCUUUGAAGGCAGCAAGAGUGAUUGGAUCAAGUUGAGUGCGCUGGGCACCAUUGAAGGUGGCAGUCAUUAUAGAACCCUGUAGCAGUCGGGCCUCCCAAUGUGAAGACAGAGGGCCCUAACAGGAGAGGUAGCUAGUUGCCACCUGGCUGCUCCCUCUUUCCUUUCUGCAGCCCAGGGUGUUCUCAUUCUCACCUCUUCUUCCAAGGGGACGCCAAGUGAGCCCCCUAGCACUCCCAAGUGUUGGGCCAGCCUAUGGCUAACAGUUGGGGUGGUGAGAAGCAGCUGUCCCCCCUCGUCUCGCCUUGUCACUUGUGGCCUUGUAGAACAGUUCUCUCUAGCUGAGUACACAAACAGAAGAAGGCAAUAUGAGAAGAAAACUUGGAAAGGGUCAGGUUAGAACCAGAAGGAAGGAGUUCAUGAGGUACUACAUGAUUCCCUGUAGUUGACAUGGGAAGACAUUGCCCUCAUUCCUCUCAUUUACCUCUGGGUCCUGAGGGGCAAUCCCGCCACUUCUUGAAAAGCUGUGCAGAGAAACCCAGAACAUGGAGCAGUUCAUGUAGUGUGGCCUAAGGACAAAUGACUGAAGAGUAAGGGGGACUGGAUUUGCAGCAGAAUUGACCCAGCCACUCCAUAGCCCCUUUGCCCCCUCAGCUCUUCUUAGAGCAUGAGGCUCCACCAAUUCCUUAGUAACUUUUCCCACCUGAAGGGAAGCUGAGUGACCUGCCCCCACCCUCAACCUGUCUGCAUCUCCUUAUUCAUCAUGCAGCGGUCACCAUGACGAUGUCACUGUGGCUGAGGCUGGGGCUGGUGAGACGUUGGGCACAGUAGACAAUGGUACCAGCGAGGGGCCUGUCUUCUGAGCCCAGCUGGCAGCAGGCAGCAUAGGCUAUGACAGAGGGCUGUGGAUGGCCAGGAUAAGGUAGGAGCAGAAAGGAGGGAAGUGGGAUAACAAGAAAUCUUCCUGAAAAUAGAGGCCCAGGGAGCUCAGCAGCAGUAGUACCAAGGGAUGGCUUGGGGGGUUUUUAGUCCCCACCCAAACUUCAUCAGCAUGACCCAAGUUACCCCAGAUAAGCACGAUUCAAUGAAAACUGCUUUGAUGCUCCCUUCAUCUGAUAUUUAAGAUGAAGAGAGGCAGAGCAGGGAAAAGGGAUUUGAUUUGAACCUCACCUGUCCGUGGCACUUGGAAGUGUGAGCAACCCGCACGUAUAGAAGAAAAUCGGUGUUUGGGACCCCAGGCCCAUCUGGCUGGACCAGUUGUGGGGGACCCUGCUCUGGCCACAAGGCAUAACCAUGGAGAUGGGCAUCAGGGAUCUGGCAGGGGGUUGCAAUGUAAGGGCUGGUUUAGCAGAUGGGUUGGGGGAUAGGACAGUAGGAAACUAGGUAUGAGGCAUGAGGGGUAGAGAGUCUGUCUUUAGUCUGCCUUCAUUUCAUCCAGGCAGCUGGUUAUAGUAGGGAGUCCUGCUGUCCUCUUACCCCAAGUCUCUGAUUUAAUAAAUUGCUGGGGUAGGGGAGGGGCUCAGGACUCUCAUUUGUUAGGAAGCAUGUUAAGUAAUUCUGAUGCUGGUUGUCUUGGAGAGGUCUAGGCAGGCUAGAGAUCUUCAGACACCCAAGUCUGAGAAGUUGCUCUCACCUUUGCCCCCAGGCAACUCUCUCCUUUGUACCUUGGGUUCAAAAGGCUGCACCUGCCAAGAAUGAAUACCUGUUGGCAAGCUGGAGACAUUUCUGGGUACCCCUGAUGAGGUAUUGUGUACAUUCUCAAUGACAUGAUCUCUCACCUGUGGUAGUUUGGGGUGUCCGGGUCUCCCCAGACAGCAUGGCAGUACUGUGCAGGGUCUCGACUCAGAAGCAGGGGUCCUUGCACGGGAGGGACUAAACAAUAGGAGAGGUCAAUUUCUCAACAGCUUAGAGUUCCAGUUUCUUUUCUGUGGUGGUCUUCCUGCCCAGCCCUCCCUGACUCCUCUUGGCACACUUACCUGCUAGGACACCGUGCAGUCGCUGAGCAGCCUCUCUCACUGCGGCCAGGGCCCGGGGUCCUCCUCUCAUCCUGUCUCCCUGGAGUUCAGAAUCCCAAAGUCCAUGUGAUACAGGAUCUCCAAUAUAGCAGGAUUUGAGUGUUGUUGACUAAAUCUACAGUUCCUGCCAGGAGGUCGGAUGUGAACUACAAGGGCCAGAACUGCCUCCUCCUAGGGUGCUAGAGGUGGAGAACUGGGCGAGGCACAGUGUUAUUCCUGAAGCCACAACUGACCUUUCCAGAGAGGAGCCUGCCUACUCCAGGAAAUAACUCUCCUUAACCCUUUCUCAUCUCUCAUCCUAAUUGUCCUGCCCUUCUGAGUGGACAACCUUGAACCGGUUCCAGAACUAAAAAAUUGGUGUUAACAUAA